AUGAAGCAAGAAAAGCCAGCUACAGAAUACUGUUCGGACUGUCACCCCAAUGCUACUUGCAAAGAACAUGGAGGCCUGCGCCACUGUGUCUGUCAAGAUGGAUUCACUGGAGACGGCACCAAUUGCUCUGACAUAGACGAGUGUUCCAGCCGUGAUUUGAACCGUUGCCAUUAUUUAGCAAAGUGUAUCAAUCAUGACGGCAACUAUUCCUGUCUUUGCCCCGAGGGUUACGAAGGAGACGGCUACCACUGCAGGGCUGUGGCAAGCUUUGCGGAAGGAUGUGUACAAGCCAGUGGCUCUCGUAACUGCUCGGAUCCGUGUGUGACUCACACGGUUCUGGACCAACCUUGGCGAAGCACGUCCUAUAGGUCAGGGUCCAACUGUGACCAGGAUAAAAUAGGCUGGUUUCAGUUUGUAGGGAGUGGAGGAAGGCGUAUGCCGGAGACGUGCGUGCCAGUAAGUAAGUGCAACACGAUUGCGAGUAUGUGGCUAAGUGGCACACACCCCACUAGGAAUAACGAAAUAGUACGUCGGACAGCCUGCGCCGACUGGGGCGGUAACUGCUGCUACUGGUCCAUCACCGUAGAGGUGAAAGCUUGCCCGGGUGGCUACUAUGUCUACAACUUUGAUGGAACACCAGCUUGCACUCUCGGUUAUUGCACAGAUCCAAACUUCACUGAGAACCCCUGCCCUCCGUGUAAGAGAGAAGAAGAAUGCAGGCUAGUGGAUGGGAAAUGGAGUUGUUAUAACAGUCAAGAGCCUGGUACGUCUAACAUUUCUAGCUUGGAACCACAACUCGAGUGUGGGGCAAAGGAAAUUAAAGUUUCUAUUGAAAAGGAUGUCCUGAGUGAACUGGGCUUCCCCAGCGUCAUCAUGUACUUGAAAGACUACAGAUGUUCUGGUUUCGAGGAAGAGGAGAAUAAAACCAUGGUUUCAGUGGUGACCCCUGCCCAGGCUGGCCGGUGUGGAACACAGUUAACGAAAAAUGAAACCCAUGCUACAUAUAGUAACACACUAUAUCUGGCAGACAAGACUAUCAUUAGAGAGAAUGAAAUCAAAAUUAAUUUUCACUGUUCAUACCCGCUGGAUAUGGAAAUCAGUCUCGAAACAGCCAUUCAACCCAUUGUCAGUUCUAUCAACAUCAGCAUUGGAGGUGCAGGAGAGUUUAUAAUUAAGAUGGCUCUCUACAGAGAUUCAAAUUACACUUCACCCUACGAGGGAUUGAAGGCAAUAUUAUCAACUGAGGACUACCUGUAUGUUGGGGUCAUGAUUGCCAGUGGGGAUACAGCUCAGUUUGUCUUGCGGAUGGAAAAUUGUUUUGCAACGCCUACGGAAAGUGCCAGUGAUCCUCUGAAAUAUUACAUCAUUCAAAACAGCUGCCCAAACACACAGGAUUCAACCAUAACAGUGCCCGAAAAUGGAGUAGGAUCUCAAGGAAUGUUUUCUCUCCAAGUCUUCAAGUUUGUUGGGAAUCAUAACCUUGUCCACCUCCACUGUGAAAUCCGUCUCUGUGAUAACAGCACUGAAGGUUGCCAGCCGAGUUGUUCUGGAGUUGGAAACCGUCGGGCUGCUGGCACCGGCUAUUCUUUGCAUGUGGGUCCCAUUGCUCGCGAAG